CACUAGUCUGAAACAACAACAAAACGCCGGUAAACUCGUGUUGUUUUGAUUGUUCGGUUACAUAUUAUUAGAUUGAAUUAUCGUAGUAUGUUUUCCCUGAAUUACACAACGAGAAACAUGGUGCCUCGACUGCACCGUUUCACCAGCAAGAUCGCCGUGGACAUGGAGCCAGCGGUGAUCUCAGCCCUGGAGCAGGCCACCAUAAAACCGAGAAAACAUCCCGGCGUGGUAAGGCCCAGUCAUGUGGACCUUCCGAAACAACUGGGUGAUACUCUGAAGCGCAUCGUGGGCGAUCAUCCUAUCAAGAAGCUUAUUAACGAUGGACAGCAGCUGAACGCUUACAUCAAAUCACGCCACCCGCCACCAACGCUAGAGGAGAUCGAGAACAAGAAGCGGAUCAUCAUAGAAGAAGUCAAUGCCAAGAUGUCUCUGGAUCGCCUGGCCACGCUCGACGAGGAGGAGGCAGAGCGCUGGAAGCGCAAGCGGGAGCUGGAGAUCAACAAGCGGCUGGGCCAACGCAUCUACGCCUGGAAGCGGAUUGAGUACGGCGCAUAUGAGUCCCUCGUCUACGCAACAGCCCGCGGUGCCCAAGAGUACGCGGUAAUGAAACGCGUGCUCACGGAGCUGGCCCAACGGGACGAGCAGUUCCGACCGCGAAGCUUCUUCGAUUUCGGUUCUGGCAUCGGGACUGGCAUGUGGGUGGCCAGCGAAUUGUGGCGCGAUCACAUAUACGAGUACUACAACGUGGACAGGUCCAAGGAGAUGAACGAGAUCUCUGAGCUCAUUCUGCGCGAUGGGCACGAGAACAAGCAGAUUGCCCUGCGCAAUGUGUUCUACCGCCAGUUCCUUCCCGCCAUCGAAACCAAUUACGAUCUGGUCAUUACUUCUCACACGCUUUUCGAGUUGGCGGACAAAGAGCAGCGGGAGGAUGUUCUGCGCAAUCUGUGGCGAAAGUGUGAUGGCUACAUGGUCAUCAUGGAAGAGGGAACACGUCGUGGCAGUGAGCUUGUCAACGAGGCCAGGCGGUUUCUGUUGGAGCAGGAUCAAGAAGGACACACUGUGGCACCGUGUCCACAUGAUGUGAUCUGUCCCCGUCUUAGAGAUCUGGCUGAUCGCACGCCCUGCAAUUUUCCAGUUUCAUACGCUCCCCUGCGUUUGGGCAGCGAUUCUUUGGCGGAGCGACACACCUCCCUCUACAGCUAUGCCAUCCUGAAGAAGGGCCCACAAACCGACAGCUCCAGUUCCUGGCCGCGGAUUGUGCGCCCUACCUUGGUUCGGUCAAAGCAUGCCAUCUGCCGAGUUUGCACGGAAGAGGGCAAACUCCAAGAGGUCAUUUUUACGAAGUCCAAGCACGGAAAGUCUGCUUACUCUUGCGCGAAAGUCAGUCGGUGGGGCGAUCGCUUGCCCAUGUCUCUAGGACAGCAGGCCAAUCCCGACUCAGCAGAAUCAUCCACCACAGAACAAUCUUUCUUGGCGUAGUUAAAACUGAUAAAUAAAUGUGUUAGGCAUAAAGUCACGCCCUAAAACUAAUUGAUACUAAAAACUGGCAUCCAAUUAGUCGAUUUAAUUAUGUGCAAACAAAUCGUUGCG